AUGUCACAGCAUCAAGAGAGUGAUGCCUCAGAUAUGGAAGAAGGUGUUGUCGAGGCUAUUGUGGCGCAUAGAAUCAGCCCCGUCAAUGGCCAAUUGGAAUAUCGUGUUAAAUGGCAGAGUGAUAUGGAGGAUGACUUUACCUGGGAGCCAGCGAUGUAUGCGUUAGAAGCAGAUGGUCUCGUAUACCGGUAUUGGACAUGUUUUCAGGGAAUGACACAUCGGGAUGCGCAAAAGCAGGUAGAAGCGCUGCACCAAUUGAGCCGAGAAAGCGCCCUACCUGUGUACACAAUGGAUUACCAACCGUCGGAUUUAUUUAAAGAAGAGUCACAGAGCGAGUAUUCCAAGCCGGAAGGAGAGCAUGAUGGGUUCACACGCGAUACCUCUGACCCCCUAGGAACACUGCAAGUCAAGAGCGAAGAGUUUAGAACUCAGUCGCGUUCUCAUCUGCCCACGGAGGAGACUAUACAAUCAUCUGAAUCAUUUGUACAGCAGGAGCACGGCACUCACUCACCGUAUACCACAUCGACGCUGACCUCGCCCUCACGACAGCCCUCGAUACCAGCAGAGUGGCAAUCAGAGACCAUGUCGGAGCCAAUGAUGUCUACCCCUGCACAGAGAUCCACGUUCUCAACACCAGAACAGGCACCAUUUGCUGCACAGACAAGCGAUCCCACUCGCGCGCACAUAUAUCCUCCAAAGGCAAGCCUUUACCUCUCACCACCUAUAUUGAAUGCUCAAUUUUACCGAGAGAAGUACAACACACCGGAUUGGGACCCUAUUGUCCAAAGUGUUACAAAAGCAGCUACGCGGAUCCCCAUAUAUACGCGAGAAUUAAUGGUGGGCCGAGAAGCUGCACCAGAACUGGUUGAGGGUGUUUUGCACGCCAUCUGUUUUGUGCGUUUGUUGGGACUGCUGCACCCCCGCAGUGAGCCCGUGCUGGGUGUGGAGAUGCCUCGCGUGAAUGAUGAGGCAACCAUUACCCGAAUACAGGAUACGACAAGGCAGCUAUUUCGCCAGUUGGACAACUAUAUGGAUCGGCAGGAGGAACAUGAUAAGACGUGCGUGGAUAUUGUCGUAAGCUGGCACAAGCCUCUCACGCCUGGGAGUGAGCGGCCUUCACGUGCGUCAACACCAGACCGAUUCAGCUCGAGCCAGCCAAGCAGUCAAAAAUCCUAUGCGGUAUUUCAAUCGCCCUACUCUUGGAUGGCGUCGGCAUUGGCAGGCACGCGCAUGAGCGGGAAUGGCCGUGAGCGUGAUGCAAGUCGCGUCCUGGUGCUAGACGCUACCCAUGAAUCCACAGACACAGAUGUAUUUGAGCAGUGGGUUCUUGGCCUCCAUGUGGAUUAUACCAAUGUGGACUCAGAUACCAAACAUGUCGAGUCAGAUCUCACUGAAUUUCUCAUGACGGCCAUGACAUUUGCCAACGAGCACCAAGCCCGCAUACCCCCCAUCAUUGAGGCUGGACUUUGCCCUUUUCCCUAUACUAUCGACUGCACAGUUCGUUCGUAG